AUGGCAUCCGACUUUACGGAGUUAAUUGAAAAUGCUAUUACAUGUCCAAUCUGCGCGAAACAUUUUGCAGAACCGCGUAUGCUACCAUAUAAUCCUGAUACAAGUGGACCUCGUUGCGCUCGAUGCCAAUCAUACGAGGCCGAAUUUUGGUGUGAUGGCAACUGUCAACUUUGCCUUUGCUUCAAAUGUUGGGAGCAAAUUCAUGCAUUAGGUGAAUAUCGAAAUCAUGCGCAACUUCCUGUAUCAGAAAGACCAAUUGGUACACGUCGAUGUCAAGAACAUGAUGAAGAUAAUAAACUCAAAUAUUGUGCAAAAAUGGCUUAUAUGCUGUUCAAUCAUGUCUAA